AUGAUAAAGAACAAUACUAAUUUAGACGCUCUAAAUGGGUUGAAAUAUGAACUGCAAAUAAUUGAGGAUCAGAAGACCUAGGAGUUGAAAGAUCUGAAAUUAUUUUUUAAAACUCUACAAUAGAAAGUUUGGGAUUUAAAGAGAAGAAAUUACAAUUAAAAUGUAUGUUUCAUUGAUCCUCUCCUCAGGGACUCAUUGUUGUCUAUGCAACAUUUAAUUGGGCUUAAGGCAGAAGCAAUUAGAUAGUUGGAGGAUGAGAAAUACAAUCAAUAGGUUGAUCGAGAGAAAUUGGUUGUAUUGCACAAGUAUCAAGAGAGUGGUGUUGAGGUGCAUCACGCUUACACAAAAUACAUCCAAUCUGAAAAUCUAAAGGGCUUAAGAGAUUUGCCUCACUCAUAUAAAUUGUUGGAAUAGGACCUCGAAAUUGAGGUGGAGAGAAAGCGCCAAUUAAAAUAGUAGCUGGAAUCGCAGAAGAAACAAACUGAAGAAUUGUUAUAGGAGACUCGCAAAAAAAUUGAAGAAGCUACAUCUUUCCAUCAUUCGCUGCAGUAAAAAAUAGACCAGGAGAAAAACUGA